AUACUUUCCUAAUUUCUCCCUUUUGUUUGUGACUAUUCGGUGGUGUCGGACACCUCGUGAUCAUGGGUCUCGCUUCGAAUAUCGUCUACUACACAUUCCAUCCCUCGCAGCUGAGGGCGAUUAUGCAAUGGAAGAUCUGGCACUCACCUGUUCACGAACGCAAUGAGAAGGACGAGACCGAGACUCAGAAAGCCUGCUUCAAAUUCCUCGACCUGACGAGUCGGAGUUUCAGCGCGGUCAUCAAGGAAUUGCAUCCUGAGCUGCUUCUGCCCGUCUGCGUCUUCUACCUCGUCCUCCGUGGGUUGGACACCAUUGAAGAUGAUACGUCGAUCCCUCUGGAAACGAAGGAGCCGCUGCUCCGAGGCUUCCAGGACUUCCUGGAGCAGGACGGCUGGACGUUCACCGGUAACCGCCCCGAGGAGAAGGACCGUGAGCUGCUGGUUCAGUUUCACAACGUCAUCACCGAGUUCAAGAACAUGAAGCCCGCCUACCAGGCGAUUGUCAAGGACAUCACCAAGCAAAUGGGCAAUGGCAUGGCCGACUACUGCCGGAAGGCUGCGUUCGAGGACGCCAGCGUUGGCACGAACCAGGAGUACGACCUGUACUGCUACUACGUCGCCGGGUUGGUCGGUGAGGGACUCACCCGUCUGUUUGUAGAGGCUGAGUUCGGUAACCCCGCCCUGCUGGAGCGUGCGCGCCUGCAGAAGUCCAUGGGUCUGUUCUUGCAGAAGACGAACAUCAUCCGUGACAUCCGGGAAGACAAUGAUGACGGUCGCCGGUUCUGGCCCAAAGAGAUUUGGUCCAAGCACGUCAAUGACUUUGAUGAUCUGUUCAAGCGCGAGCACCAGGAGGCUGCCCUGAACUGCAGCUCCGAAAUGGUGUUAAAUGCCUUGGAGCAUGUCGAGGACUGCCUCUUCUAUCUGGCUGGACUGCGUGAGCAGAGUGUGUUCAACUUCUGCGCCAUUCCGCAGUCCAUGGCCAUUGCCUCGCUGGAGCUCUGCUUCCGCAACCCUGAUAUCUUCGACCGAAACGUCAAGAUUACCAAGGGUGAUGCCUGCCAGCUGAUGUUCGAGUCGACGCAAAGCCUGCGCAUCUUCUGUGCUACCGUCCGCAGAUAUGCGCGUCGGAUUCACAAGAAGAACAAUCCCAAGGACCCCAACUUCCUGAAGAUUAGCCUUGUUUGUGGAAGGAUUGAGAAAUGGGUCGAGACCAUCUUCCCCUCCCAGAAUGCCGAAGCUGCCCAGCGUCGGGUGACUGGUGAGCUGUCGGAGGCGGAGAAGAAGAAGGCGGAACAAGAGGCCGAGACGCGCCAGGACGUGUGCUUCAUGAUGGGUCUCAUGGUGGUCAUUGUCUUCAUUGUCUCUAUUGUGAUGAUUUUUACGGCCUGGUUACUCGGUGCUCGUUUUGACCUGGCGUGGCAGGAAUUACGGAACGGCAACUUCCGGCCGCCACCGCGUGAGAUCCGCGAGCAGCAACUGCACCAGGAGCUAUAGCUGCACCUUCUACGGCGUAACGACAUGAUUGACAUCGACUAAUAGUUUGCGGCGGCUCAUGUCCUAUACCUUACCUUCUUGCCGGCCCGCUAUAUCUUACUAAUAUACUCUUUCAUCCUCCUCUUCCCUCUCCCCCUCUUCUGUCGUACUGUUGAGUUGAACUAGCACGGAUGUCAAAUUGCGAUCUAGUCCUUUCAUGACUGUGGUUGUGCCGAAGAAGUGCUGAAAUUGAGCGGAUCAUUCCCACCAGCGACGUACUAGAUUUGUGUCUUCCAACUUAAGUGUUGAGGUGGCAUACAUCCAUUGAGGACCUGGAACAUAUCGUAAACCGUAUGAUGAGAUAGUUUAAUAAAUUGAAUCAAUGCAAAUAUUGUUGCAGAC